AUGUUCAGCGCGGAGCUCCGGGGCCGUGAUGUAGGCUGUGUGUUCGGGGUGGGCGCUGACAGGCUGCUGCACCGGUCGCUCUUCUGCGGCCCUCAGCAGCCGGCAGCCGGCUCGGCUCUCCGGCAUCCCGCUGCUCUCUGCCCGAUGCGGGACAGAGCGGUCCCGGGAAGCUCCAGCAACACAAGGUCCGAUGGUUUUUGCUGCUGCAACUGCGUUGGACCCCAGAUACAGGGCAUGGAUAUAUCUGAACUGGAGUUUGUUCAGAUAUUACUAAUCCUGCUCGUGAUGACCUUCAUGAUAGUUGUGAUCAUCUGCCUACUCAACCACUUUUGGCUGCCAGCCCUGGCCUUCCUCAGCAGGCUCAGCCACACCCAGAGAGACCGGGCUACGCAGAUAGAUGGCAGCGUGUGGUCAGACAGUGUGCUGACUCAGCAGAGAAAUAGUGAGGUGAUGUGCGGCCAUCCAAACAGCAACCUGCCACCCUUCAUGCAGCGGCAGCGACUGUGUCGCUUCCAGCCCACCUACCCCUACCUGCCACAGGAGAUCAUCAACCUUCCUCCGAUCAUCUGCCUGUCAGAUGGGGAAGAGCUGCUGCCCUACAAGGGCCCCUGCAGCUUACAGCUCCGCCACCCAGAUCAGCAGCUGGAGCUGAUCCGAGCCGCCGUGCGCGCUCCCCCGAACCGGACUGUCUUUGAUGGUGACCUCAUUGACGUUUAUGUACACAGUAAGAGUGUGCAGGCCCCCAGCAGUAACUCUGGGACCAAUGACGCCAAUGCCAGGAUGGAGGGGCCCCCACCUUCCUACAGUGAGGUGAUGAGGGACUACUCAGGCUCCACAGCCUGUUACAGCCAGAGCAGCAAUAAUGCCCGUCCACUCACAGACAACAGACAGGACAGCUCACAGACACUAGUCUCUGACAGCAGUGGCCCUGAAAGCACAACAAAGGCCUCUACCGACUCAGGGCCCUGA